GCUAAACGAUGUGCUUAUUGUAGUUGUACCGGUUAAGCUUACAUCACGUUUUUAUGUCCUUUAUUUUUGCUAGCUAGCUGUAAUUUUGAAUGACAGUAGCAGGCCAUUAUUAGCUGGCUAGCAGUUUAACUUGUUAAUUGUCUUGUAUUAUUAGACUCCUAGCUAACUGUCUAAGGUGUAUUUUGUUAUAUACAGUUACUGUUGUAACGAUAGUUGGGGAAAUAUCCUCAGUGUUUGAAAAUUGCUGUUUACCAGCCAGCUAACGUUUGCCUGUUGCUCGUGUAGCUAGCUGUGUAGCUAAUGUUAGCUAGCUAAGCUAACUAUUUAGGAGUGUCAGCCAUCCGUAUAUAAGUGGGGUUUCAUAGCUGCUCGGAAUUUUGCGCCCAUUGUGAAUUCGAGGGUUCAGUAGUAUCGUUAUCGGUUAGCUGUCUGUAACAUCCUCCUGAAUGUUAUUGAUCCAUUUAAGUAAAUCCACCAUUAAGAUGGAAGAAAAGCAGUAUUCCGCUAUGAGGCUUCCUGCGGAAUAUCUUCAACAUUGGGUGCAGUCCGCUCAGCACAUGCAGGCUCUCCAGGCCCUGCAACUGCAGCAGAUGGCUAGUGCUGUCCAGCUCAUGGAGGCCCCCAGGGGCCCAGGAGCGGUGCCUGUGAUGGGGGUCCCGCCACUGCCCAACUUGCACCCCGAACCCCAACCGGAGACCCCAGCCCCUGUACCAGAAAAGGGGAAGGGGAAGGGGAAGAGGAAGAGGGCACAGCCUGCGGAAAGCAAGGAGCCCAAACCCAAAGCCAAGCCCGGCCCCAAACCCAAAAAGGCCAAGGAGGCCAAGGAAGAGGAGGGCAAACAGGAGAAGAUCGACGAGGCAUUCAAGAAGGUGAAGAGGAAGGUGGACCGGUUCAAAGGCAUGACUGAGGCCGAGGUCAUGACCAAAACCUUGCCAGACAUCCUCACCCAAAACCUGGACUUUGUCAUCAUUGGAAUCAACCCAGGACUGAUGGCAGCCUACAUUGGAAGGUGGUUUCCUGGACCGGGAAAUCAUUUCUGGAAGUGCCUGUACUUAGCUGGGAUCACAGAAGAGCAGCUCAAUCACAUGCAUGACGAGACCCUGCCAGAGAAAUACAGCAUCGGAUUCACCAACAUGGUACAGAGAACCACUCCCGGAAGCAAAGACCUCUCUACCAAAGAGCUGAGGGAAGGAGGGAAGAUCCUGGUGGAGAAGCUUCAAAAAUACAAGCCUCGUAUUGCUGUCUUUAAUGGGAAAUGUAUUUAUGAAAUGUUCAGUAGAGAGAUCUUUGGGUUCAAGCCAAAGAAAUUGGAAUUUGGCGUUCAGCCACAGAAGGUUCCAGAAACUGACACGGUGUGCUACCUGAUGCCCUCGUCCAGCGCCCGCUGCGCGCAGUUCCCCCGCGCUCAGGACAAGGUGCACUUCUACAUCAAGCUGCUGGAGCUGCGCGACCAGCUGAAGGGCGUGGUCAAGAACAGGGAAGUGGAGGAGGUCAAGUACAGCUUCGACCUGGGAUUGGCCAAAGAGGACGCUAAGAGGCUUGCCAUUAAGGAGGAGCAGUACGACCCCGGGUACGAGAACGCAUUCGGGGGGGCGUACUCUGAGGCAGUGGGCGUGCCCGGGGGCGGAGCCGAGCAGAGCAAUGGGCACUGCAGCUUCUCUGCUGCAGGAGAGACUGAUGUGUCCGGUAAGGAGGCCCCACCCGCAGCAGGCGUGGGGAGUGUCCCAGAAGGACGGUGGAUGAUGCAGUCGUUCGCCGAUGAGAUCCCCGACAUCGGCGGCAGCGCAAAGCCUCAGCUGGGGGCGGAGACUGCGUGAGGGGGGGAGGAGCCUCUCGGAGGGCAGAGACAGUGCGGUAGGCGGAGCCUCUCAGGACUCCUCCCAGGAAAUGCACAAAGGCUGCAGGUGUAACGCAGCUUCCUGCUCGGAAAAGGCCUCACGCGAGUUACCUGGGUUACCUGUCAGCAGUGAAGGGUCUCCCCUCAUGCUCACCAGCCAAUCAGGGACCACAGAAGGAUGAUGUCACAAACUGCUCCCUCUAUGAAUUGGAAAUAGAUUAGUUUACCAUAUUGGGCAAUUGCUUUGGAUAAUGGUAGUUUUUAUAUAUAAAAAUGUAACGUAAUACAUUGAUUAGACUUUUUUAAAUGCAAUGUUUUGAAUAAUGAGAAGAUUUUUAAAGAAAUCUUUUUAAGAAAGUAACAUUUUUUUGCAAUAAGUGUGAAUGACCUGCUGCCAAGAAAUGACUGCAGGUUUAAUUUCAGGACUGUCUUAAAUCAGGGAUUUCUACUCAGACUUGACUGAUGCCAUUUAUCUAAGGGCAUCCUGCUAAGACUGCGGGAUUUGACCCUUCUACACACACACACACACACACACACACACACACAUUUGCAUGCACGCAGGGUGAAAGCAAUGUGUUAUUCCUCUACUUGAAAUGGCUGCUGGAGGUGCAUUGUGGGAGGAAACCCUCGACAAUUACGCGGUAACAAGAGAUGCAAAACUGCAGUUUAAGGACAGUAGGCUGGUCGAGGAGAACACCUGAUAUUGGUUUAAAGUUGUAACAUUCUUAUUAUGACCAAUUACAGUCGGUUAUAUUUAUGCAUAUACACAUACAGAAAGUGUAUAGAGUGUUGCUCUGAAUAAUAUUCCCCCAGGUGUUGUGAUGAUGUUCAGAACCAGGAAAUAUCCAAAUCUUGUAUUUGGAGAGAAACAUAGAGACCUCUGCCACCUCUCCCACACCAUGUCCCCGUUCUUACCUUCCAAUCACCAAAAAGGUCAAAGCCACUGUCUGCCUCGCUCACCUGCAGCCUCUUUUCGAGAGCAGCGCCCUGUGGGGAAGAGAAGCUUCAGGAAUAAAAGGCUACGAGAGGAAGGGGGGGGGGGGUUCUGGCCCCUCCCCUCUGAGCCUCUGCUGCUCCACACUGCACGUGCUCAGUGCGUCCGCGCUGAUCUGUCCUGGCGGCCUUCAUCGUAUGUUUACAAUAUUUACAUUCUCUUGGUGCUGUAUUUUUUAUUUUAUUUUUUGUUUGUUAUGUUUUACUGUUUCCAAUGUAUGUUUUUAAAAAUGUUAGCAUUUUUUUAGAUGACCCUUGAUGGUCUAUUAAAGGUCCCAGUAGUGA